GCGGCCUCCGAAUGACACCCGUGCGGGCUGCGGCUGCGGCUGCGCAGAACACAGAGCUGAGGGUGUGUGUGGGGUGACUGUGAGCCUGUCUUUAUUGAUGACUAGCUCCUUGUGAGGCUUUCAUUGUCUACUGGGAGGCAGACUUGCUAACUCGCAGAGCCCUGGUCCUCUAGCGUCUUCUAGAAGUUCUGCACUUGGCACUGAACAUUCAGGUGUAGGAUCCGUCUGCAGUUAGUUCUGUGCAGGGUGUAAAGUCUGUGUAAUGAACACAUCUGCGUGGAGAUGACAGGGCGGUCCUGUCACCUGUGUUAGGCCCCACUUACUGGGUUUCCUGACCGAUGCAGUAACCUAUGAGGAUGUGCAUGUGAACUUCACUCAUAAAGAAUGGACUUUGCUGGAUCCAUCUCAGAAGAGUCUCUACAAAGAUGUGAUGCUGGAAACCUACUGGAACCUCACUUCUAUAGGGUACAAAUGGGAAGACCACAAUACUGAAGAACAUUUUCAAAGUUCUGGAAGACCUGGAAGGUAUAUCAUCUGUCACUGUGGAUGCAAGCCAUGUGGGUAUAUGGGAUGUGGAAAGAAACAUGGUACUCCUGUCUCUCUCAGAACAAAUAAGAGAUGUGUAAUAGUUCCCUCUAUGAAAAAACAUGGUGACUGUGAAAUAAGCUUACAAGUAAUUGGUAUUCCAACUUCAGUGGGAAUAUAUCAACAAACUCAUAUUGAAGAAAAACCUUCUGAGUACAAGGAAUAUGGAAAUGUGUCUGUCUAUACUGGAUCACUUUGCACAGGUCAUGUGACUCACAUGAUAGGAAAAUGCUAUAAAUGCAAUCAGUGUGGUAAAACUGUGAGUCCUUCCAGUUCUCUUCAAAGGCAUUUGAAAACUCAUAUGGGAAGAGGAAAUAAUAAAUGUGAGCCAUCUCCUAAAGACUUCAGCUGUUACAAAUGUCUCCAAACACACAAAACAACCAAUAAUGAAGAGGAUCUCUAUGAAUGUAAAACCUUUAUAUCUGAUUCCUCUUUAGAUGUACAUGAAAGAACUCAUUUGGAAAAAAAUCCCCGUGAAUAUGAUAACAGUGAUAAAACCUAUGAAUGUCAUAGUUUUCAGCAAGUACAUAGAACUCAUGUUAGAGAGAAAAGGUGUGGAUAUCAUUGCUGUGGUAGAGACUUCGCAUUGCCUCCUUAUCUUCAAAUACAUACAAAAAAUCAUCCUGGGGAGAAGCCCCAUGGAUGUAAUCAAUGUGGUAAAUCCUUUGCUCAUAAAAGUCAUCUUCUCAGUCAUGAAAGAACUCAUACUGGAGAGAAACCCUAUGGAUGUAAUAAGUGUGGUAAAGCAUUUGCACAUAAAAGUCAUCUUCACAGGCAUGAAAGAAGUCAUACUGGAGAGAAACCCCAUGAAUGUAAUCAAUGUGGUAAAGUUUUUGCACAAAAGAAUAAUCUUUACAAUCAUGAAAGAAGUCAUAGAGGAGAGAAACCCUAUGAAUGUAACCAAUGUGGAAAAGCAUUUGCACAGAAGAACAAUCUUCACAGUCAUGAAAGAAUUCAUACUGGAGAGAAACCCUAUGAAUGUAAUCAAUGUGGUAAAGCUUUUGCAUGUAAUAGUGCUCUUUACAUGCAUAAAAGAAGGCAUACUGGUGAGAAACCCUUUGAAUGUAUUCAAUGUGGUAAAGCCUUUGUACAGAAGUACAAUCUUUACCGUCAUGAAAGAAGUCAUAGGGGAGAGAAACCCUAUAAAUGUAAUCAAUGUAGUAAAGUUUUUGCAGAUAAGUGUAAUCUUUAUAGGCACGAAAGAAGUCAUACUAGAUAGACAUCCUAUGAAUGUUGAAGUAACAAAGUUUUUGCAUAUUGCAGUAGCAUUCAAAAUUUUGAAAAAAAUUCACAGUUGUGAAAAUCCCCAUGAGGUAUAGCCUUGCAGUCCACAUACAUUUUUCCUAUCUAUCUCACCAGUGCAAAAUGCUAUUUAUGUUAUUGUCUUAGUUUGGGCUUUCAUUGCUGUGAAGAGACAUUAUGGCUACACUAACUAUUAUAAAGAAAACAUUCAAUUGAGAUGACUUUCUUAUAGUUUCAGAAGUUCAUCCAUUAUCUUUAUGAUGGAGCAUGGUGGUGUGUAGGCAGAUGUGGUACUGAAGUUGAGAGUGCUGCAUCUUGCAGGCAACAGGAAGUCAACAGACAUUCAGCAGUGUCCUGAGCACAGGAAACCUCAAAGGCUACCCCUACAGUGACACAUUCCCUCAAACGAGGCAUAUCCAUCCCAACAAAGCCACACUUCCUAAUAAUGGCACUCCCUAUGAGAGUAUGGGGGCCAAUAAUGACACAAUGACAUUAAAAUUUGGUUAUGCAGUCCAAAUAGACUUAUAAAGUUGACAAAUGCCUUUAUCUGCUCAAAUAUCAAACAAAAUAUCAUCUUUAGUUGACUUGUUUACAACAUACAUUUCAUAUGCUUGUCUUAAUGCAGAUAUGUAUUUUACUUUAAAAGUUUGUGUUUUUAAAAAAAAAUUGUAUGUUUUCAGAAAAAAUGGUCAGACACCAAUGAAUAUAAGUAGCCCAGGUGAUCCAGCCUCCUAAAAUUCCCCUAUUACAGAUUAUUCAAAAGUAUACAUCCAAAAUCAAAGCUGUCAACUGAGAUGAUUCAGUCUCACAGAUUACCCAGUCAAGACUUUAGAUAAACCCUGCACUGUUCUAUUACAUAGAGGCUGGACAAUAAAUGUUACACUUAGUUUUCCCAGGACUUGACCAUUACUGCAAUUUUCUCAGGAUUCCCUAAAGAUUUGUUGCCCCAGACAAUAAAAGUAAGUUAAAGAACACAACACCCACAUUUCCAAGAGUUGGGGCGGAUGGAUCUUUGUCCUUCAAUGGAUUAUGGAUGUUUAUCAUGUUUUGGGGGGUUGGUUGCAAAUUGUUAUUGGUUUUGAUAAGGGAGGAAACUAAGCAUGGGAGUUUAUAUUCAGAGAUCUCUUUCUGAAAAGAAAUGGAUGGCAUUUAGAAAUGAUAGAAAAACAGGUGUAGUUGGAUCUACUUUAAGAAGCAACUAAUAAUUUCAAAUAUUUUCAUUGUUAUGGGUAUGUUUUUAUACUUUUUAAGGUAUUGUACCUAU